AUGUGUGAUGUUCCUAUGGUUUCAUACACUGGGGAUGGUUUAAGUAUGAUUGCAAUGAAAGUCAGCAGGCCCAUGAUGUUAGAUGCUUACACUAGUAAUAUGUGUUUUGAUUCUUGGGGACGGAAUAUUUAUGCUAAAACUCUAAUUGAAAUAGAUUCUGAAAAAGAUUUAUGCAAAGAGGUGGUUGUAGCUAUUCCAAAGCUCGACAAUGGGGAAUAUUCGUUAGAAACUGUUAAAGUGGACUAUGAAUGGUCUCCUCCGAUAUGCUCUGGUUGUAAGGUGUUUGGUCACACUGAUCGUGAAUGUCCAAAACAUGUUACAAUUCAGAAACUGGAUCACAAUGUAUCGGUGGACAAAGAUGGUUUUACUGCUGUUGUUCGAAAAGGAAAGAAGAAACAAGGGUAUCAAAAACAAGCGAGGCAUGUUGAAGGGAUUAAGCUGCAAAAACCUAAACCACAACUAGUUUAUAGACAAAAAUCCAAUCCACAACAUGUUCUUGCUUUGUCAGGCUCUAAGUUUAAUUCGGCUUCAAGUUCAAGUGUUCCUGUUAAGAAUUCUUAUGAUUCGCUAGUUGGUGAUAAUGCGGAAGUGUUUUUAGAUGACGAGGAUGAUCAACCUAAGGGGGCUGAUAUCUUGAAUCAGGAGGAAGAUGAUAGUGACGUUGAGGUUAUUUAUGACGAAUCAGCCUCUUUUCUGGAUAAUACUAGAACUUCUGAGGGGGCAAGCACUCCCAUUCCAAGGGUUUUUCGUAAUUGGAACUGGUCUUCCAAUGGUAGUUUAUAUAGUAAAGGAACGAGGAUUGCCAUGGGUUGGAAUCUGGAUGUGAUUGAUUUAAUGAUAUUAUCUCAAACGGAUCAGGCCAUGCAUACUCAAAUUAUUCUGAAAGCUGAUAAAAAAGUUCUUUUUUGUUCAUUUGUGUAUGCUCACAACUCAUAUACUGAGCGACGAAAGCUUUGGGAUGACUUGAGAAUGCAUAAGCUUUUUGUUAAAGAUAAACCUUGGGCUGUGUUGGAUGAUUUUAAUGCAGCUCUAUUAGUGGAGGACUCGAGUAUUGGCUCAUCAUCUUCUACUAUAGCUAUGCGGGAAUUUAGUGAAUGUGUUAAUGAUAUUGAAGUAAGGGAUAUCAAUAUGUCUGGUCUUUUUUACACUUGGAAUCAGAAACCGAAUGGAGGUAUGUGUAUUUUGAAGAAGUUGGAUCGAGUUUUAGCUAAUCUUGAAUUGUUAGAUGAAUUUUCUAAACCAAAAUCUAAUCAGUUCAAGUUCUCCAACCUCUUAGUUCAUAAUCCUAAAUUUAAAGAGCUUGUUUCACUUGGAUGGAAGGACAACGUGAAAGGAGUACAUAUGUAUCGGGUAGUUGCGAAGCUGAAAGCAUUAAAAAGGCCACUUAAAAGAUUAAUGUUUGAACAAGGUAAUCUUCAUAAGAAUGUUGAGAAGCUUCGGGUGGAACUAGAUGAGGUCCAACGUGCUAUGGACAAGGACGCUUCUAACCUCUUUAUUCGUGAAGACCAUGCUGCAAUUUUAAAUGCUUAUAACGCGGCUAUAUUAGCAGAGGAGAGAUUCUUGAAGCAAAAAUCAAAAGUGCAUUGGUUACGGGUUGGUGAUAGCAAUACCGCUUAUUUUCAUAAAGCAGUGAAAGGUCGUGUUGCCAGAAAUAGAAUCGAUGUUGUCAUUGAUAAAUUCGGGAUUAAACAUGAUGGUGUCGCUGGUAAUACUAUCCCUUUGAAUUCGUUUGAGCUUUUUUCUAAAAAAGUUUCUGAUCAUCAAGCUAUUGCUUGGGACAUUGUUAAGGCUGAUAUUGUUCUUGCGGUUAGGGAUUUCUUCAAGACUGGGAGACUUUUAAAGCAAAUCAAUCAUAAUAUCCUUUCUCUAUUACCGAAGGUAUCAUCUCUUUCUCGUACGACUGAUUUCAGGCCCAUCUCACUGUGUAAUGUGAAAUUUAAAUGCAUCUCUAAGAUUAUUGCUAAUCGUGUUAAAGGGUGUUUAAAUGAUCUAAUUAGCAUUAAUCAAUCUGCAUUUGUUCCUGGACGAAGAAUCACUGAUAAUAUUUUAUUAACACAAGAAUUGAUGCAUAAUUAUCACCUGGAUAGAGGUAUUCCUAGAUGUGCAUUUAAAGUUGAUAUCCAGAAAGCAUAUAAUACGGUUGAUUGGAGAUUUCUACAUGACAUUUUUGUUGGAUUUGGUUUUCCGGGAAUUAUGGUUGAUUGGAUUACGGAAUGUGUCUCAAGUACUUCUUUUUCGAUUAGUAUUAAUGGUGAGAUUCACUGUUUUUUCAAAGGACAACGAGGCUUAAGACAGGAAGACCCUUUAUCUCCUUAUCUUUUCACUCUUAUUAUGGAGAUCCUUACCUUAAUUCUAAAAAGAAGAGUAAGAGAUUCUGAGUCAUUUAUUUACCAUCCAAAAUCUUUGGAUGUGAUUAACCUUUGUUUUGCAGACGAUCUCUUUAUUUUCUUGCAUGGAGAUGUGGCCUCUGCUUCUGUUAUAAUGGAUGGACUCAUGGAAUUCAAAGAUGUUUAUGGUCUUUCACCUAGUUUGGAGAAGAGCACAACAUAUUUUUGCAAUGUAUUAAACUAUGUGAAACAAGAUAUUUUGGGAUUUUACUUUUUGAAGAAGGCCGAUUACCAAGUAAUUCAGGAAAUUGAACAAUUGUUAAGAGCGUUUCUGUGGAGUAGAGGGCAGAUUUGCAAAGGGAAGGCUAAAGUAGCAUGGGAGGUUAUAUGUUUUCCUAAAAAUGAAGGUGGACUCGGUAUUUGCAGGUUAGAUCUCUUUAAUAUUGCUUUGCUUUCAUCGCUUAUUUGGAGUAUUAUUACCUUGAAGGAGUCUUUAUGGGUUCGUUGGAUUCAUACUUACAAAUUAAGAGGACAAAAUUUUUGGAAGGUUACACCUAAAGGAAAUAUGACAUGGAGCUGGCGAAAAUUGCUUCAAAUAAGGCCAACUGUCCGUAAGUUCUUUUGGCAUUGUGUUGGUAAUGACAAAAGUACGCCGGCAUGGUAUGGCACUUGGUCAGAUUUCGGUCCUUUAAUCAAAGGUAUCUUGCCUAGAAUGAUUGCUAAUGCGGGCUUUAACUUAAAAUCAAAUGUUUCGGAUUUGAUUGACAAUAGAGCAUGGAAAUGGCCAAGGGAAUGGGAUAGCGUUUUACAGAAUUCAGCCCCUCCUAUUUUGCAUGAUAAAUAG